UCUCUCUCCUAAGUCCUACACACAUCAUUUUCAUUCACCAACCCCUUCCCACCCACUUCACCAUAUAACCCCAAAUUUCUCCCUUCUUCCACUUUAUUUCCCCUCAAAAACACAAAGAAGGAAAAAAAAAAACACCCAAACAUCUUUCUCUCUCCUCCCAAAAAAACUAAAACAUGGGUCUUCUUUUAAUCCUCCCACUCUCUCUCCUCCUUCUUGUAUUAGCAUACAACCUCUUCCAACGGUUCAGAUACAAACUACCACCCGGUCCAAAACCAUGGCCGGUUGUAGGUAAUAUAUAUGAUAUUAAACCAGUCCGGUUCAGAUGCUUUCAUGAUUGGGCCCAAACUUAUGGCCCAAUACUAUCUUUUAGACUUGGGUCUAAGUUAAACGUCGUCGUUUCAAGUGCUGAGCUGGCGAAACAAGUGUUGAAAGAACAUGAUCAAACUUUGGCUGAUAGACAUAGAAGUAGAUCAUCUGCUAGAUUUAGUAAAGAUGGUAAAGAUCUUAUUUGGGCUGAUUAUGGGCCUCAUUAUGUUAAGGUUAGAAAGGCUUGUACUUUGGAAUUGUUUACUCAAAGAAGACUUGAGGCUCUUAGGCCCAUUAGAGAAGAUGAGGUUACUGCUAUGAUUGAAUCACUCUUCAAUGAUUGCACUCAACCUGAAAACAAAGGCAAACCCCUUAAAGUAAGGAGGUACAUAGGAACUGUGUCAUUCAACAACAUCACAAGGCUAACUUUUGGGAAGAGAUUUAUAAACUCCAAGGGAGAAUUAGAUCCCUUAGGAAAGGAAUUCAAGGGCAUAUUAUCUAGUGGGGUGAAAUCUAACAAGACAAGCUUCUUGGCCGAGCACCUUCCGUGGCUCCGAUGGUUGUUGGUGCCUCUUGACAAUGAAAAAGGUGAGGCUGCAAUGCACAACGCUCGAUUGGACCGCUUCACUCGAGAAAUCAUGGAGGAGCAUACUAAAGCCAAGUCCCAAAAUAUCGGUGGUAUAAAGCAACACUUUGUUGAUGCCUUACUUGGCCUCAAGGAUGAGUAUGAUCUUAGUGAAGACACCAUUAUUGGGCUUCUUUGGGACAUGGUUAUUGCAGGAAUGGACACAGUUUCCAUCUCAGUAGAGUGGGCCUUGGCAGAGUUAAUAAGGAACCCAAGAGUACAAAAGAAGGCCCAAGAAGAGCUGGAUCGGGUAAUCGGACAAGAACGGAUCAUGACCGAAUUAGAUUUCUCAAACCUUCCCUACUUACAAGCCCUUGCAAAGGAGUCCUUAAGGCUUCACCCACCAACCCCUCUUAUGUUGCCUCAUAAGGCAAAAGCUCAUGUCAAAAUUGGUGGGUAUGAUGUCCCCAAGGGCUCUAUAGUCUAUGUGAAUGUUUGGGGUUUGGGUCGUGACUCGAACGUUUGGCGGGAUCCAAACGAGUUCCGACCAGAACGGUUCUUCGAGGAGGAUGUUGACAUGAAAGGUCACGAUUUCCGAUUGCUACCAUUCGGGGCCGGUAGACGUAUAUGCCCGGGAACACAAUUGGGUAUCAACUUGGUAACAUCAAUGUUAGGUCAUCUAUUGCACCAUUUUGAUUGGAACCAACUAAAUGAAGUUGAAGAAAUUGACAUGAAGGAGGCCCCAGGAAUUGUCACCUAUAUGAGCACACCUCUACAAGCUGUGCCUGUUCCAAGGUUACCUGCGGAUCAUUUGUAUAAACGUGUAGUGUUUGAUGUGUAAUCUAAGUAGCAUUUUUAGCUGCAUACUGAGUUAUUGUUGAAAAACAAACUUUAAAUUUAGGAUGUUAUAUUUAGCUUUCUUUAAUUAGCAUUUGUUUAAUUUAAAUAGUGGUUUGUGAUGAGAACAAUUAUCAUCCUUUAAUUAUUUAGAAUUGUAUAACUAUAUAUAUGUAACAUUUCUAAUCAUGAAAUAAUAAAAAAAAGCAGAAGCCUGAGAGAGUUUAACAGAAAUAAAGAAAAGGAGAUAUAAGGAGAAGUUUUGCAUUAUAACAUAUAUCUAAAGUUAUAUUUUUCUUA